AUGGAACCGACUCUACUUUCACACGACGAACUGAUCAACGAAGAUCCGCUCUUGCAUUCCACCUCCAGCGAGGCUGCAGAUUGCGAAAAAGCGGAAGCUCCGCGCCAAUGUCGAAUUUGCCUGGAAGAAGAGGAUGAUCCAGAAGAAGCCGCCAGCGACGAUCCCUUGAUUGCACCUUGUCGUUGCAAGGGGAGUCAAGAAUGGGUUCACCGCAAAUGCUUGGAUGAUUGGAGAGCCACCAAUCCGAACCACAUUGCCUUCUCCAAGUGCACAGAGUGCUUGACGGAAUACAAGCUGGUAUACACGGGCCCGUCGGCGGGUAGAACUGAGUACUGUUGCUAUGUCACUCGAGACAUUGGACUCGGUUGUCUGGUUUUGCUGCUGUGCAUGCUGUCAUUUGGAUGGAUUCUCUGGCUCUGCUUUUCAUCAUCUUCUGACAACAACGCUGGAUUCAGGACUUUUGCUGGGGUCUCUGUUAGCACUUCCAACUGGUUUCAGCUUUUCCUGGCGUACACCGUCACAGGGCUCGUUGUUGUUUUGGUGCUGCUGGGUAUCUACGGUCUCAGCAUGUUCCUUGCACACAAGUGCUCCAUGAGCGACACGAUCGCUGGUUUGGAAGAAACUGCGGAUGCGGUUGCUCCAGCACCAAGAGUGCACGGAGGUGGUACGGGAGCCCCUCAGAGCCGGAGUAUGGACCGAAGCGUCACACAGGAAAGCUACCGACACCGUCAUCACCACAGGCGAGACAGUACACAAAAUUCCUCGAUGGUCCAAGAUUGUUACUGCUGCCCCCAUUGCGAUGGAUAUCAGAUUUAUUUUUGUACUGACGCCUGCAACGGAUGUUGUCAAGAUUGUCAGGGGGGAUGCUGUGAUUGCGACUGCAGUUGCCCCUCAGGGGAUGGUGGUGGCUCCAACGAUGGCCUAGGGUUCGCCAUGGUGGCGAUUGUGGUCGCCUUGGCUACAGUGGGAAUGGUGGUGGGCGUCUUUCUCAGUUCCCUCCUUAUCAACCACAUUUUGCAGCGACAUCUAUUCCGUCUCAAGAAGCAGCGCCUAACACAAAACUUUGUUGUAGUUGAUCUCUCCGGAAGGAGUCCUCCUCCACGCACCCAUUGGGGCAGCGGGGAAGAGGGAUCUCCUGCCGUGGUUGAGCUCCCUCCACCUGUACCUCCACCGACAAAUACUGCGGGCAAACUCCCUCCGCCCCUGGCUCCGCCACGCGACGGUAUGGAAAAGGGCCUCACUUCCAAGGAGGAGGGCCAAUAUCAGGACGACGUUGAUGAGUUGGCACCCCAUCGGGACUACCUCAAGAAGCUCGGAUUGCUCUAG